AUUAUUAUAAUUAUUAGUUUUGUAUAGAUGUUGGUUUCUAGUGCACGCUUUUGAUUGCAGCAUGGAUUCUUCUGAAUGUCUUCUUGAACUCAGUGAAGCAGUGGAGCAGGCGUGAUAAAUCAGAUGCCAGCCACAUGCUGAAAUCAGCCUCCGAGCAAAUGGAUGGAAUUACAGCUGGGUCUAAAGCUAUUGUUCCAGAUCUCCUGGAGUCUGCAGAUCACUGUAUGUCUCUGAGGGUUCCAGAGCUGGACAAGGAGCUAAAAGAUGCCCAGGACUCUGAACUCUGCAAGGAGGAGAAGGAUAUUGUGAGGAGGCAGGUUUCUACCACUACAGAGCGCACUGUCUUCUUGUGCCUGGACAAAAGUCUGGUCAACCUGCGAGCACUGGGCAACAACGAGAGUUAUCAGGAACGGCUCUGUCGACUCGAGGGAGAUAAGGAAUCGCUCGUGUUACAGGUGAGUGUGUUGACAGACCAGGUGGAGGCUCAAGGAGAGAAGAUCAGAGACCUGGAGAAUUCCCUUGAAGAGCACCAACUCAAGCUGAACUCUACUGAAGAAAUGCUGCAACAGGAGUUACUGAGCAGGACUGCGCUCGGGUCGCAGAAACUAGAUCUGAUGGAUGAGGUUUCCUGUGUGAAACUGGAGCUGGUGAGCAUGGAGGAGAGACAGAAUCACAGCACAGAGAGACAACACAAAGCUGAGAGCGUAGUGAAUCUGAUUAGCGAGCUCCAGGAGCAGAUGUGUAGAAUUCAGCAGGAACUUUCUUGUAAGAUCCAGGAGAAAAAAGCUGCAGAGCUUCAGGAGGAUGAAGACACAGAUACAGACGCUUCGCAGAGUGAAUCAGCCGAGGCUGAAGAAACGUCUGCCGAGGAGCAGAGCUCUGAAGAUUUAGGUGCUGAGGAGCUCUGUCCCUGUGGGAGAGAAAGUAGCUUGCUCCAGGAACUGAGGUUGCUCAAAACUAAGGUGGAGGAACUUGAGGAUGAAAAGUCGCAGUAUGAGAGAAAACUCAAGGCUACAAAGGCAGAAAUUUCUGGCCUUCAGCACCUCCUGCAAUGCAAGAAUGCAGAGAUCGAGAACCUCCAGUCCCAGCUCCUCUCCAGAUCUCCCAGUUCCAUUGACAAUUCAGAAAAAGAGGAGUUGUACAGGAGGAGGCUCAACACCAAACAUCAAGAGCUUCUAAAAUUAAAAGCCGGAAUGGAAUUAUUAAUUGCAGCCAACGAUGAGAAGGAUCGGCGUAUAGAGGAGCUUUCUCUUCUCCUGAGCCACUGCAGACAGUUUCGAGAUGGCAAGGCCUUAAUUCAACAGACAUCAGCACCUCAGUGCAGCAGUGAAGAAGAAGAGCAAAGUCCAGCAGUGAAGACUAAAGCUCUCACUCUGAAAGCUCCCUCAGAGAUGACGUCCGGUGCAGCAUCUCCACUUCUCCCAUCCAAAACAUCUGAUCAGAAGGAAACAGAAGCGAGGUCACAGCCGAGAAAUCUGUCCAGCAGCCAGGAAGAUCUGAAGAGUGAAGCACUAAAGCCUGUGAUUGGAUCUCCUGCAGAACCUGCUUCCUCAGAUGAGGGUUCUCCACCCAAACCCGCGAACGGGAAAUGCAUCCUGACAGAUGGAAAUAAAAGUGACGGAUCAGAGUCGAGGUCUCAGGAAGGCAGCCAGGACGGAGACGUGACCCAGACAGGAAAGGCCGAGAGAACAGAAGAGCCGAGCGCCUGCGACACUUCACCCACGUCGUCCGGUGUGGAUUCAGGAGAACAUUCCCCCGUCUCCCAGGAAAACAUGAAGAACAACAAGAGCAUUCGUAAACUCUGGGGAAAGAUCAGAAGGACUCAGUCGGGGGGUCUGGGGCCCGGCGACGAUCUGGAGCCCACCGAGUUCAGGAGAGGAGGAUUUAGAGCCACAGCUGGACCACGACUGGCUCGAACCCCUGACUCGGGCCGCUCUGUCCGAGACAUGACGGUUCCCUUCUCCAACUGGACCACAGAGCAGGUGUGCGGUUGGCUGGAGGACUUCGGGCUUGGUCAAUACGUCAGCUUGGCGCGUCAGUGGGUGAUGAGUGGACAGACCCUCCUCUCCGCUACGCCGCAGGAAUUUGAGAAGGAAAUGGGCAUCAAACAUCCGCUGCACAGAAAGAAACUGCAGCUGGCUCUCAGGUCCUUCAGCAACAAGACGAUGGAGAAAUCCUCUGAGCUUGAUCACAUCUGGGUCACACGCUGGCUGGAUGACAUUGGCUUACCUCAGUAUAAAGACCAGUUCCACGAGAGCCGAGUGGACGGCAGGGUUCUCCAGUACCUCACUGUGAACGACCUUCUGUUCCUGAAGGUCACCAGUCAGCUCCAUCACCUGAGCAUCAAGUGUGCCAUCCACGUCCUCCAUGCCAACAAGUUCAACCCGCACUGCCUGAGGCGCAGACCAGGAGAUGAGAAUAAGACCUCUCCGUCCGAGGUGGUGCAGUGGUCCAAUCACCGUGUGAUGGAGUGGCUGCGCUCGGUGGACUUGGCUGAAUACGCUCCCAACCUCAGAGGCAGCGGCGUUCAUGGAGGCCUCAUAAUCCUGGAGCCUCGCUUUACCUCGGAGACUCUGGCCAUGUUGCUGAACAUCCCUCCUCAGAAAACUCUGCUCAGGCGCCAUUUAACCACCAACUUCAACAGUCUGGUGGGAUCGCAGGCUCAGCAGGAGAAACGCGAGUACGCUAACGCCAGCGGUCACACGCCACUCACCACCACCGCUAAAGUCCGGCCAAAGAAGCUCGGCUUCACGAACUUCAGCCACCUGAGGAAGAGGAGGCCCGAUGACUCUGCGGAUUAUAUCUGUCCAGUAGAAAUGGGAAACUCGCCGGUUCUGAACGGAACGACCCACCAGCUCUAGCACAGCGUCGGUGCUUCUCCAGCUUCUCCUGGACUCAGGUAGACAGGAUCAGAAGCAGAUCAAAGUCCUGAUCUUCCCUCGACAGUCUCUCUUACUGUGAUCGGAUCGGUCGACUGUCCACUCGGAUGGACGGAACACACGGCUGAAACCUCACCUGGAUUAAAGGGUCAUACAUCCGGACAUUAUUCGGUUGUAAGCCCCAUUUUUCUUUCUUUUUCUUUUUUUUGUUGGUGUAAUGUUUUAUUGUAGACUCUAAAAUUCUGAAAUACUUAAUAAAUAAAUAAAUAAAUAAAUAAA